AGGGAGGAAGGGGGGGAGGAAAAACACAGAAGGGGUAGCUAUGGAGAUGGAGCGUUUUCCUGGCUGCUUUCUUUGACAGGUGUUGAGUGGGGCAAAAGUCUUAAAACAGAAUCCAGCAUGUACGCCAAAGGUAAAGGAGCUGUGGUCCCUUCCGACAGUCAAGCCCGAGAAAAGUUAGCUUUAUACGUGUAUGAGUAUUUGCUGCAUGUCGGCGCACAGAAAUCAGCACAGACCUUCCUGUCAGAGAUCCGAUGGGAGAAGAACAUCACACUCGGGGAACCUCCGGGAUUUUUACACUCGUGGUGGUGUGUAUUCUGGGAUCUGUACUGUGCCGCCCCGGACCGUAGGGAGACAUGCGAACAUUCCAGCGAGGCCAAGGCCUUCCACGAUUAUAGUGCGGCCGCUGCCCCCAGUCCAGUGAUGGGCAACAUGCCGCCCAACGAUGGCAUGCCGGGAGGACCCAUGCCACCGGGAUUCUUUCAAGGUCCCCCAGGAUCUCAGCCUUCCCCUCAUACACAGCCUCCCCCACACAACCCCAGCAAUCCCAUGAUGGGCCCUCAUGGACAGCCAUUCAUGUCGCCGCGGUACCCAGGUGGUCCGAGACCCGCACUCCGCAUGCCAAACCAGCCGCCCGGGAGCAUUCCCGGAUCACAGCCUCUCCUGCCAAACAGCCUGGACCCCACCAGACCUCAAGGACAUCCAAACAUGGGCGGUCCGAUGAGAAUGAAUCCCCCUCGAGGAAUGGGGGGCAUGGGUCCACAGAAUUACGGUGGAGGAAUGAGGCCUCCUCCAAACUCAAUGGGGCCAGGGAUGCCCGGCAUGAAUAUGGGUCCUGGCGGAAGGGGUCCAUGGCCGAACCCUAACAACAACUCAAUAGCUUAUUCGUCUUCAUCUCCGGGCAACUACGUGGGCCCCCCAGGGGGAGGAGGCCCACCAGGAACUCCCAUCAUGCCGAGUCCUGGAGAUUCAACAAACUCAAGUGAAAACAUCUAUACAAUGAUGAACCCCAUUGGCCCUGGUGGAAAUAGACCUAACUUCCCAAUGGGACCGGGGCCAGACGGGCCCAUGGGUGGCAUGGGUGCCAUGGAGCAGCAUCAUAUGAACGGCUCGCUAGGGUCUGGUGACAUGGACGGGUUGCCAAAGAAUUCUCCCAACAACAUGGCAGGCAUGAACAAUCCGCCUGGCACUCCGCGGGAUGACGGCGAGAUGGCAGGCAACUUUUUAAACCCAUUCCAAAGUGAAAGUUAUUCACCCAACAUGACGAUGAGUGUGUGAUUCUUUUUUUAUUUUUAUUUUAUUUUACUUUACUUUUUCAUCUCCCUUUUAUCCUCCCCAUCCACCCACGGUGUGACUUGCAUUGCCCUUUUUCCUUCCCCUUCUCCUCCCUCAUCCGUGUGGAUCGGCGCGCAGCCUCUCGGGAUGCCCAUGGACAGCAGGACCCCCCUCAAGGGCCCCCAUCCCAGCGUCUGUAAAAUGGGAGUAAGAACAUGAGACUUUCUUCCUCGCCUGCUGCGACCACUCCCCCUCCACCCCUCCUUGUCAUGAGCAUUGGAGCCCCCCUCCCCCCAAAAUAUCACACCCAGUCCAUUCAACCAGUCAUGAAGCUCAACAAUGGCAGAAAUAAUAAGCACAGGCCCCCCAAAAAAUGCGCAAUAUAUAUUUUUUAAUUUUAUCUCCUGGCAAAUAUCUUGAGGUGUUUCGCUCCAUUCAAGGCCUGCUGGGUAAUGGGAAAUAUCACAUUCGGAGCUCAAAGUGUUUUGUUGACAAGUAAACAAAAAAACACUCGGUCAGUAUUUUAUGUUCUUUUGAUGUUGUGACAAUUAAUUUCCACAAAUCAGUUGUAUUCAAUGGCAAUCUAUAUUAUAACAAAUACCUAAAGAUAGGUAUCUCCAUGUACUGUACAAACAGUACAUCAUACAUACAGUACAUAUACAUAUGUGAUGGACAGUGGAUAUAGAACAGCUUAACUUUAUUUGGGGUUAAUCAAAGGCACUUUAAAUGGUGCCAGGUGUGUGCUGACUCCCAUUUAACAUGAGUUUGAAUGUGAUUGGUUCAUUCUGAACACAGCCACUUCCCCAGUUUUAAGGGUGUGCACACUUGUGCAACCACAUUUUCUCAGUUGUUUAUUUUUACUUCCCCUCUUGAAAAGAUAACAAAAAUUCAAUGGAGAUGUACAGGUGACAGGUGCAAAAAGGUUUUGAAAUUCCUCUUGGUUUCAUGUUUUUGUAUCAUAGAAACCAGGCAUUUGAACAGGGGUGUGUAGACUUUUUCUAUCCACUUUAUGUCAAAGUACAUCAUGAUUUCCGCCAAGUUCAUGAAAAGCAACUCUGACUUGAAGCAGUUUUACAAUGCACUUUUUCCUAGUCUGAGGUCGGAAACUUCCGGUUUCCCAGUUUCAUGGAAUGCAGCAUAAAUCAGUCAAGGUUGAAUCUUUUGAGGUGAACCAACAGAUUUGAUCUCAUGUGUAAAUAUUUAACCCGUAUUGCUGUCCUUUUAUUCUUUUUAUUACUUUCCUUUUUAUUAAAUCCCUAAAAUGUGUUUACCCCCUGUAUCAGUUUUUUAUUUUUUUUUAUUUUUUUUAAUGGAGUUUAACAUUACCUCUUUUCGAUUCAAGACUUAUUGUGUUUAUUUGGACUGGAAUUCAAUUGUUGUGAUUUUGGUAUGAAGUAGUAUUAGGGCCACACUGCAAAGAUAAACUGCAUUGUCAAAAUGAAUUUAAAAAAAUAUAUUUUUGAUAUUGAGAAUAAAGUUUGAAUAUCACAAGAAUGAAGUUGAACUGUUAAGGCAAUAUUUAUAGUUUUACAAGAAUAAAGUCAUAGUAUUAUGAGAAUAAAGUCAGAUUUGUACAAGCAUAAACCUGUUAAGGAUCUUGUCAAUUUAAUCUUUCACAUUUUCUUAAACUUUUUUCUUGCAAAAAUAAACAAUUAUGUUCAGAAUAUUAGUACAUUAUUGUCAUAAUAUUACAAUUUGUUUCUUGGGAAAAAUACACCUUUAUUUUCAUGAUAUUAAACUAUUAUUCUUGUAAUGUGACUUUUUUUUCACUUGAAAUAAUACAUCUCUAUUCUGAUAAUAUUACACAUUUAUUCUAAAGGGAUACAGUAACAAUUUUUUUCUUGGGGGGAAAAAAUAACCUUUAUCGUCAUAAUAUUACAACUUUAUUCUUGUAAUCAUCUGACUUUUUUUCUUGGAAAAAAGACUUCUUUAUUCUUCUAAUGUUAUGACUUUUUUCUUUAAAAGAAAAUGCAAUUUUAUUCUUAAAGUACAACUUUGUCACCUUAUUUUCUCAUCAUAGUUUGAAAAAAAAUACAACCUAAUAUAAUAACAAUAUAAUGCCUUGAACCGUAAUAUUACAAGUUUAUUCUCGUAAAAUAAAACUAUUUCCUUCAUAAUAAUACAACUUUUUUUCUUAAAGAAAUAAAGCGUUUUAUCAGGAUAAUGCCACGUUUACCCCUUAAUACAACUUUUUUUCUUACAACUUUAAAAGAAAAACUACAACUUUUUAAAAACUACAACUCUCAAAAUCUCUUAACACGUACUCGUUUUUCCUCUUCUUUUUUUUUAUAGCAUGGCCUUAAUACUUCUUCAUACAUUGGUUAAGUAGUCCAGACUGUUGGAAAGAUGACAGAAUCAACUAAGUGAUAUGUUUUUUUCCUUUGUUGUUUUAUCAGAUUGUUUUGAUCCAUUCACCAGUAAGAAUAAUCCACAGAACGUCCACAGAAUCUUCUAAGUGACAUGAUUAUUCCUGUACAUUUGGCCUGAUUUUAAAGGGAUAAAAAUGAUAUUGUUAUGAUAUGUGCUGGGUGGAUAUCUCCAGGAUUUGGCUCCCAGAGGAGGCCGCCCAGGGAGACACUCCCGCCGGUCAACAUAUUGACACGUACCCUCCCUUUCUUUCCUCAAAUACCACCCCUCCUUACUUUUUAAUUUUUCAUUUUGUUUUUGUAAAUACUGUACAAUGCAUUUUGAUAUCAUGGACAUGUUUUGAUAUGUCAGUCACUACCGAUGAGUACAGCUGAGAGUAAAUUAUUAAUGAAACUGUCCAUGUUUUUUCAUAGAGGAAAGAGGACGCCCGUUGACUAUUUGGCUCACAUGUGGCUAAAUGUCCACUCUGGGGGAAAAAAAGAAAAGAAAAAAAAGUUGUUCUAGGACGCAGAGAUGACUAGAAGUAAUCAUUAAAACCUGACCUCAUAUUGCAGUUUUUAAUAUGAAGGAUUUUUUUAGCCAUUGAAAACACUCAAGAGGAGUUUGUUAUUAAAUGACCGUGACGGGGUGAAAAGAAAAACAGUGUCCUUUGAUAUGGAGUCCUGUACAGACACUCUCUCAGUCCUCUGUGUAUAUGGAUCAUCUCUGUACUUCUAUUGUGAUGUAUAAUACUGUACCAUUAGGAGUAAGAUCUGCUGGUCAUGUUGAGUGUGGGAGGGAGGAGGGGGUUGGGGUUAUUGGGCGGGACAUAAUGGAUUCUCCUGCAGUGUUCAAUAUGAAGCAGUCUGUCUCCUGGUUUGCUUUGUAUUUCAUGCUAGGCUAGUUGGGAAUCUUGUCUUAGGGACGUAGAUGUCUUGUGUAGGUAAUAAAGAUGUUCUUUGUAUGUUUCUUUAUAUUGUAAAGUUUCUUUAGACUGAAAGGAGGAGGAAAAAACAUAAUUUGCUUAUCAGAAAGAAGAAACAAUGCAUCAAAAAUAAAUGUUAUUUGAUUUUUA